AUGGGCUGGUACCAGUGCGCCCUGUGGGUGGACGGGGAGCAGAUGCUGUCGGAUGAGGCUCAUCUGACCCUGGAGGCCCCCAGCUGCGGGGCCCAGGGCCCCCCCGAGCCCGUGCGGCUCGUGUGGCUGCAGGACGGAGCCCCCCUCAAUGGCCUCCACGAGGCCCUGGCCCGGGUGCCCUCCACCCUCACCCUGGCAGGCCUGACCCACAGCGCCGAGUUCUCGUGCGAAGCGCACAACGCCAAGGGCGUCACCACCUCUCGCACGGCCGUGGUCACAGUGGUGCCGCAACAACCCCAGAACCUGGCGCUGGUGACCCAGAGCACGACGGCGCUGGAGCUGGCCUGGGAGCCGGGGGCCAGCGGGGACGAGCCCCUCACCCACUGCACCGUGCAGGGCCCUGCCCCUCCUGCUCGUGACACGGUGGCCCCCCCGCAGGUGGUGGUGGACGUGGGGCUGGCGCGGGAGGCGGCGCUGGAGCUGGCGCCGGCCGUGCAGAACCUGACAGUGCGCGUGGCCGCCCGGACCGGCGCCGGCGAAGGGCCCUGGAGCUUCCCCCUGCCCGUGCCCGGCCCUGACCAUGACGGCCAGCCCGAGCCGCAGACAGUGAGGGACGUGGCGUUCGGCGCGGUGGUCGAGGGGCAGCUGCACCGCGACGGCACCGUGCUCAAGGUGGCCGUGAAGACCAUGAAGAUUGCCAUCUGCACGCGCAGCGAGCUGGAGGACUUCCUGAGCGAGGCCGUUUGCAUGAAGGACUUCGACCACCCCAACGUCAUGACGCUGAUUGGUGGGGCCUGGCGCCACAGGGCCGGCCGUGUCUGCCCCCCCGAGCUCCCGCCCCGCGUGGCCACCCCCGGAUGCAGCUGCCCCAGGCUAACCCCCCGCCUCCGCGCCCCACAGUACCUGCCGAUGCAGACGCUGCUGAAGUUCAUGGCCGACAUCGCCAGCGGCAUGGCCUACCUGAGCAGCAAGAGCUUCAUCCACCGUGACCUGGCGGCGCGGAACUGCAUGCUGGACGAGAGCAUGCGGGUGCGCGUGGCCGACUUCGGGCUGUCCAAGAAGAUCUACAGCGGCGACUACUACCGCCAGGGCCGCAUCGCCAAGAUGCCCGUCAAGUGGAUCGCCAUCGAGAGCCUGGCCGACCGCGUCUACACCACCAAGAGCGACGUGUGGUCGUUCGGGGUGACCAUGUGGGAGAUCGCGACACGGGGGCAGACGCCGUACCCGGGCGUGGAGAACAGCGAGAUCUACGACUACCUGCGCCAGGGCCACCGGCUGCGCCAGCCACCCGACUGCCUCGAUGGCCUCUACGAGCUGAUGUCGAGCUGCUGGGCGCUGAGCCCCCGGGACCGGCCGGGCUUUGAGGAGCUGCACGAGGCGCUGGCCAAGAUCCUGGGGGGGCUCCCGCCCCCCAUGGACCCCGCUGAGACCCUCUAUGUCAACAUGGAGGAAGGGGGAGCAGGCGAGAGGGUGGAGCUGGGUGCUGUGGGGGGGUGGGGCCCCGAAGAGCCAGGCUGCCCCAAGGGUGGGUGUGUGGGGGCUGCCGGGGCCCAGGUGCCCCCUCCACGGGGGGCCGGGCGCUAUGUGCUAUGCCCACCCCCCCACGAGGGCAGCCGGGCCCUGGGAGACCCCCCUGGGACCUCCUCGCCCUGCACUGCCUCUGAGGACGGGGCUUGAGUGGGGCUGGGGGGGUGGUCUCUUGGACCCCUACCCCCACCCCCAUUGGGCUCUUCCCAGUAUGCUCUGGGGCACCUGGGGGGGCGGGGCAGGAUGGAGUGCCCCCUCUUCCUGGUGAGACACCCCUGGCACAUAACCUCCCACGGGGGUGGGGGGCUAGGGGCAUUUGAGGGGGGCAACUAGCCCUGCGGGA